AUGAUGAUGGCGUCUGUGGUGGUCGGGGGCGUGUCUCUCAGAGGAGUGGAUGCAGAGACGUGUAUGAUGGUUUUUAAAAACCACUGGACACAGGUGGUGAAGAUCCUGGAGAAACACGAGCCGAGCCGCAGCUCUGGCGCUCUGAGCUUCCUGUCGGGUCAUGUGACCGGCGGCGGCGGCGGUUCGGCGCGUGUGGGUGCGAUUCCCGCGGAUGAGGCCAGCGCCGUCCAGAACUACGUGGAGCACAUGCUGUUUCUGCUGAUGGAGGAGGAGGCGGGGCAAGGAGGUGCGAUGGGUCCGAUCCUGGAGCUGGUGGUGGUGGAGGGGGUGAUGGAGCGGUUGUUUCUGUGGAGUUUGAGGAGACAGUUCACUGAGGACAUGAAGGUGGAGCAGUUGAGGAUGUACCAGAUGCUUCUGUCUCAGGCCCGACAGCCGCUGCUCCACCACAAACCCGUCCUCAGGCCCCUCAUGAUGCUGCUGGCGUCCUGCGCCGGCACCGGGACAGAGGGUGGAGGUCUGGUGGAGGUGGAGCUGGUUCUGCUCCUCCUUCAGCUCUGUGAGGCUCUGGUGAAGGACCCGUCUGUGCUGGAGCUGUUUUUUCACACCAGCGAAGACCAAGGAGCAGCCAACUUCCUCCUCUUCUCCCUCCUCAUCCCCUACACACACAGGCAGGGGCUGGUGGGACGUCAGGCUCGGGACGCCCUGCUGCUGAUCAUGUCUCUGUCGGCGUCAGAUCUGCGCGUGGCCCGGCACAUCACGGAGAACACGUACUUCUGUCCGGUUCUGGCCACAGGUCUUUCGGGGUUGUACUCGUCUCUUCCGGCCCGUCUCCAGGUCUACAGUCCCGACUGGCACUGUCUGGAGCCUCAGGACUGGCAGCAGGUCCCAGCGCUGGUCCAUUUUCUUCACUCUUUAGACUUCUGCAGCGCAGUGACAAAGGUGGCUCAUCCUUCCAUCCGCUCUCAGCUCCUCAGUUACAUCUAUAAUGGUUUCCUGGUGCCUGUCCUCGCUCCAGCUCUACAUAAAUUGACGGUGGAGGAGGUGAUGACCACGACGGCGUAUCUGGACCUGUUCCUUCGCUCCAUCUGCGCCCCCGCUCUGCUCCAGACCUUCCUCUCCUUCGUCCUGCUCCACUCCCACGACCAGGUGCACAUCCUGGACACGCUGGUCAGCCGCGUCAACACCCCCUUCCAGUUGGGGACAGUGUCUCUGUCUCUGUUCAGGACGCUCAUCGGUCUGUUCUGUGAGGACGUGAUGCUGCAGCUCGUCUUCAGGUUCCUGGUGCCGUGUCCGUCCCUGAGCUGCCCCACAGACUCCAGUGCGGCCUCCCUCCUGCGGCUCAUGCCCUCCUGGUGCUCCCAGACCCACGGCUCUCUGCGGGCGUCUGAGCACGUGCUCUGGCCUAAAGGAACACGUUCCUCGGGGUCAGAUGUCGUUGGUUUUUGUCGCACUUCAGACUUUUUGAUGGAUGUGAAUUAUCUUCACUAUCUGUGGGACGCACAACAGGCCAUAUGCACAGCACACAGAGCGUGCCAGUCGUGGUCGGCUCCUUACGACGGUUCGGACCCUCCCCCUGAGAUUUUCCGCUGCGAGACUCCGGGAAUCUUCAUCGAGGAAGACGAGGACGACAUUUUACCUCGUCCAGAAAGCACCUCCGUUUACUCUUUAGCCGUGACUCCUCCUCCCUCUCUGCUCUCCCCCACCUCCUCCUCCAUGGACACGACCUCCACCAGUAACCAGGCAACGAGGUCUAGCUCCGCCCUCGAACUCGAAUGGGACGAACUUUUCGACGAUGAAAGUUCCGUAAACCACAGCUGUUCAGAAGACGCGCAAAACAUCUCAAGUCAAAAUCCACCCAAACAUAUUCAGGAAAUGCGGCGUAACGCGACCAAGCUAGUCCACGGUUCGUACGUGGAGGAGGCGGAGUUUCAAGAUGACGUUUUGGUUUACGAUCUGGUGGCGCAGAAAGACAUUAAAGCCGCUACAAUGGAGAGAGUUUCAUCGGCAAGUAGCCAAAAUAAUAUGGAACAUGUGAACAAAAGGACCUCGCCAGUGAAGAAUACGUUAGCGAGUAUGCUAACGGCAACGGGAAAAACGGUUUUGGAGACUGUAAAUAGCAUUAUGUCAACAAGACGGAGGAGCGAGGAUGCAGGAACAGACGACAGAAUAAGAAUAGAAGUUAAAGACAUACCAAAAAGUCACUAUAUUCUAACAAACGGCGUAACUCUGAGUAAAAAUAUAUUUGAAAUCGACAAUAAACGUGAUUAUAACUUACAGUAUAUGAAUAAUUUAAACGCUGUAGUGAAACCAGCUGAAGAUAAUCCUCUUAUAUUCAACGGACACACGGAAACUGAGUCAAAACCGCAAAUCGAAGCUACGCUAGCACAAGUCCGAAGUGCGGUUUGCGACGUUAGCGUUAGCAGCGAUAGCUUCGUGUUCCAGUAUCAAGAGCUGAUGCGGUCGCUGGGGGCGGAGCCAGAGUUGGAGGAGUUUACGGACGACAUCGGAUCGUUCAGGAGGAGAGUGAGAGCGCUGAGGAGGAGGUUACAGCGAGAGGAAGAGGAGGAGGUGAAGAUGUGCGAGGAGGCGCUGAGCUGGGAGGGAGGAGACGAGGAGGGAGGAGAGAAGGUGGAGGAGAUGGAAGACGAGGAGACGAAAAACAACAGUAGGAGCGGGAUCCCAUUUACAGGUCCGUUCGUCAGCGUGCUCCUGUCCCGUCUGGAGAACCUUCUGGAAAACUCCAUCGCCGUGAAUCUGCUGGUGACCGGGAUCCUGUCCCAGCUGGCGUCGUACCCCCAACCUCUGCUCCGGGGCUUCCUGCUCGGCACGAACACCGACGUCACACACCCGAACGUGCGCACGCUCUACCAGGUGCUCGUGUCUGUGCGUGAGCAGAUCGAGCGCUUCAUGUCGCAGAGGCCAGAGGUCGCGGCGCUGGUGAGUCAGGCCUGGAGGUUUCUGCUCAUCAAGGAUCAGGACAAGAAGAUUAGAGAGCGUCUUGAGGCCGGCGGCGCUGACCCCUCCGCAGACCUCGCCGUCCUAAACGGGUGGGGUCACGGCGCGCUCCUCCCCCUGCCCCCCUGCCCCGACAUCCCGCCCCAGGCCCAAAGUCGAGUCUACGCCAUCGUUCUGUACGCAGAGUUUCUCAAAGAGCUGGCUGCACUGGCACAAGAGCACGGCGUCGGCCCUGACCAUGGCGUCGGCCCUGACCACGGCGUCGGCCCUGACCACGGCGUCGGCCCUGACCACGGCGUCGGCCCUGACUCCUGA